AAAAAAAGGGGAUUCGCCAUUAGGGCGUUUUAUACGACACAACAGUAGAAUAGCCAUGAAAAGAAGAAGAUAGCAUAGAUCAGCAAUCAAGACCAAUCAAGAGCAAUCAGAAUGGCAGACGACAUGGAAUACGCACUGAGCUGCAGCAUAUGCAUGGAGCUGUUCAACGAGCCUAUGCUAUUACCAUGCGCCCACUCGCUAUGCAAAGCAUGCCUGGACAAACUUCGGAAACCACAAGGCAAAGCUGCGUCCAAAACAAUCGAUUGUCCACAGUGUCGAGAAAAGUUAGAUAUCGGUCUUAAUUGUGAAAACGUCAAGAAAAACUUUCAGUUAGCGUCCAUCAUCGACAUUUAUCGACUAGAUUCGUCGCGUCGACAACAACUCGAUGUCGAAAGACCACAACAUCAGCAUGAACAACCACCGCAGAUUCAGCAAGCGCAACGGAUGCAUCAGCUUCAACAGACGCCCCAAGGUGCCAAACCCAAACUCGGGUUCCUAGCCCAGCUUCGACAAAAACAAACCCAGAGGCAAAAGAAAUCGAAAAGCUGUCCACCACACACAAAUCCUAUCAAUUCGUCAGAAGCUACUGCGAAUACCGAACCACUAACAUAUAUUCAAAACGUUCGGGCGUCCUUGAGGAAAACGCCGGACCAUACACAGGACAGUCAAUCGGACGCAAAGCCUGUUCCUCGCAGAUCAGCUCCUCUUCCGCCUAUCCCAAAACCGCGGGUAUGUCGGACACUGGAGGAAGAGCAACUAGGCGAAACACCGCCACCACUUCCACCAAGUCGGCGAUCCGUUGGUUCACUCCCGAGUCGAGUUCCCCCGCCAGUUUUUGGUUCACUCCCGAGUCGAGUUCCUCCACCAGUUCCAAAGCGUCCUUCGCAGGUACGUGGAUCAUCACCAUCCAGAAGUAACGAGUCACAGAGUACCCAAGAGUCGGAAGACACCCAAGAACCAUCCACGGAAGCUCAAUCUCCAUCAUCACCAGAUGAGCGACCGACCAACGACCAUUCACCGAACAUCCCCAUUUCCAACACAUUAGAGCGGUCAUCCAAUGCUCCAGAUGCUGUGUCAGACCAACCCAAUCAGACUGGUCCCUCAGUACCCGAUGCUUCACCAAACAGCCAAGAACCAAACAACUUGCUGAACAUGUCGGACGUAACGCUUCCCGAAGCGCACGAUCACACGGAACAAGUAGAAUGUUCUGGUGUCAACGACUUAGGUCCGGAAUGUUGUACGUGUGAACGAGUACCUGCGUCUCAGGCCAUCGUUCAAUGUCAAACAUGUGCCAUGCUGUUCUGUAGUACCUGCUUGGGCGCAUUUCAUCCGGAACCAGAUUCACAUCAUGAA